UCGUGCGCGAGCUUUCGCUUCGUUGAGGGCGCGAAGAAGGGAGCCUAGAGAGUAGUAGUAGUAGCAGUAGUAUAUGGUCGAUAUUCCAGCAGCAGCAGCAGCAGCGCUAACAGUAACGUACGGUAGGGGCCGCCGAGUGGAGUUUAUAUACGCGUUGUGUAUAUAUACUAGGAAAACGAGCGAGCGAGAGAGAGAAAUAGAAAUACACACGUUGCCGUCACCCGCCGCACACCGUCGUCGUCGUCGUCUCUCUCUCUCCUCGCGGCAGUCGUCGUCGUCGUCGUCGAUUCAGUGAUCGUCCACUGUUGCUCCUGUCGUGUACGGUCGAGGUAGUUCCUCGUUCGACUCGUAUAAGUAGUACGCGCCCAUCUCUCUCCGAUAAUUUUCGGAGGGAUUCGCGAGUGUCUGUGUACGUGUGUGUGUGUGUCUGUGUAAACGGGGGCUUAUUCUCACCCUCGUACACAUACACAUAUAUAACUGUGCGUGGGUGCGAGGAAGAUCGUCAGUGUGUGUGCGUGCCUUGUGCGUCGAUGGUCGACUGGUCGACUCUUUGAUUGCCACACCGAUUAUAAUAAUAAUUCGUGCGACACAGAUACGGAGAGCACGCGAAAUAACGAGGGAGGAGGACUCGACAAUUAUAAUCCAUUCGUAUUAUUAUCGUCGCACGAGUGUCCUGUGAGUGACGACUGCAGCAGCAGCACGGCAAGAUGGCGCAAGAUCCAAAAUGGCACAAGGAUGCAUCAGACCAGAACUUCGAUUACAUGUUCAAAUUGUUAAUCAUAGGAAACUCGUCCGUAGGGAAGACUUCUUUUCUGUUUCGUUACGCCGACGAUUCCUUCACGUCGGCAUUCGUCUCGACCGUCGGCAUUGAUUUCAAAGUCAAGACGGUGUUCAGAAACGACAAAAGGGUCAAGCUCCAGAUUUGGGACACCGCGGGUCAAGAGCGAUACAGAACCAUCACGACGGCCUACUACCGAGGCGCCAUGGGCUUCAUUCUGAUGUACGACAUCACGAACGAGGAGUCGUUCAAUUCGGUCCAGGACUGGCUCACGCAGAUCAAGACCUACUCCUGGGACAACGCCCAGAUCAUUCUCGUGGGCAACAAGUGCGACAUGGACGACGAGCGGGUCAUCAGUUACGAGCGCGGCAAGCAGCUGGCCGACCAUCUCAAAGUUCAGUUCUUCGAGACCUCGGCCAAAGAAAAUACGAACGUUAAGGCAGUGUUCGAGACCCUUGUAGAUAUAAUAUGCGACAAGAUGAGCGAAUCUCUGGACAACGAUCCGACCCUGAUGGGCGCCACGGCCGGCCAGAACAAGGGCCAGCGCUUGACCGAUACACCGACCGCCGCCGCGGACCAACAGUGUAACUGCUAAGGUGGGGCAAGCUCCGGGUUAUUGAAAAAAAAAAAAAAAAUUUGAAAAGUCUUGAAAUUGGCCUCGGUGCCUCUGCGGCCCUCUCUGAUAUAUCGUAAACGAGAAUGACUAAAAAAAAAAAAAUGAAGUUGAAUCGCAUCUCUGACGAUUAUAUUACACACAUACACACCGAGAGAGCUGACGCGGUUCUUAAAAAAAAAAAAACGCCAGCCUAUCUCGACUAACAUAUGUAACGACAUUUCACGCCCUUUUCCGUCUAUUCCAAAACCAAACUGACAAAAAAAAAACCAUCAUAUCUUCGUUUUUCGCAUCUCUGAGGCUAUUCGUUUUUUCAAAAAUGCUUCUGUCAUUUUUUCAGUAUAAGGAUCUUAGAGAGAGAGAGAAAGAGAGAGUGAGAGUGAGAGAGAGAGAGAGAGAGAUAAGUUAGUUCAAUUGCAAGCGAUGAAUAUAAUCUUGUGAAUGUAGAUAUAUGAGAUGUAAGAAAAAAAAUUUACCUAAUGUUGAUCAAAUCUAAAGUUCAGUUCAACUUUAAUGAUGUUCCCUGUAUGAUAGAUAAUUAUGAGAAUUUAACGUUCUUAAUGCAUUGUUUUUUAUUAUAAAUUUGGGAAGAUUUGUGAAUAGAGUCAAGCGAACCGAGGUAUUGGAAAAAAUUGUAUAUUUUAAAUUUUCAAUUUUUCAAAGCACAAAGUUAGUUCAUCGGAGAGCUUUUUCUUAUGUUCAAGUGUCCUCUUGCACUUAUAGCAGUUUAGUUUAAACAAAAAAAUGGUGAAAAAAUAUGACUUUACAAGUUGAAUAAAACUGUUAAUGUUCAAUUCACAUACCUUCGCAACGGUGUUUGUUUUUUAUCGUUUUUGAAUGCAAAUUGUAUGCGUGUCGCAGUGUGCUACCUACGCAACUUUAUAAGUUUUCUGAAUUUUUAAGGUAAAUACCCGACUCUCGUUUCAAUCGGUGUUAUAUCAAAUUUUCAACAUAUCUUUUGUCCUUCGAGCUUCGUUCGUCUGGAAAAAUUUUUCAUUUAGCGCGGAAUGCACGCCGUAGUUGCCUCUCUCAGCGGCAGCAGCAGCAGCAAGCACGCUUUGAUAACACAAGCCCCGAGAGAUAUCUGAUUUUCUUUAUAUUCUGCAAACGCAUACUGAUCUUCCGACUAUAGAAAUCUAGCCUUCGUAUAUAAUGUAUAACUAUAGAUAUUCUUAUCCACGCCUACUUCCAGUAAUAUCGACCGCUUUGGCAAGCUGCAGUCUCUAAACUUAUAGCUUUUGGGUUUCGAUUACAAUGUAUUAUUUAACUCGAGCGAAAUUCAGUCUAUCAAAAUCGAGAAGUCAAUUAUAUUAUUGCUAUCGGUUAAAGUCAGACAGCUUUCAACUAGCGGUAAUAAUUUUUUUUUCUGCUUUUGGUAAAAAAUACAAUUUGCUUUCAAAAAAUAUAAAAAUCUAAAAUUACUUGUUUUAACCUUCGUAUGUAAAGGCUGUACCAAUUUUACAUAAACAGUUUUUUAUAAUUCAAAAAUAUUACUGAAAAACAUUAUAUUUAUUAUUAUUAUAUACACCGACGAGAAAAUUGAAGAUGGAAAUAUUCUAUACAGUUAUCUUCUUUCGUUCGAAAAAAAAAACACCUGCUGUACUUAUUGCAAUGAACAUAUCCUUUAAAAAAAUUAUUAAGGAAAAAUAUUUCAAGUAUAUCUAAAUAGUAUUACUACGCAGUAAAAAGUCAAAUUAUAAAUACUUUAUUCAAUCAUCAGUUUAGGAAUUUGUGACAGCACAAUAUCUAGUGGGUAAUUUUCAAAACAAAAAAAGAUUCGUUUCUGAUUCGAGCAGAGAAUCAUUAUUAUAAUAUAUUUAUUUACGAACGAGCAUAUAUCCGUAUGCAAUAAACAAAGAUUUGCAAAGUUUUAUUAAUCGUAGAUAGAAUCGUUAAGGUGCUUGAACUAACUCGACAUUUGAGCGUAUAAGUCAUGAAAAAAAAAAAAACGAGCGUUAAAAUUGUUGCGUAAUAUAAGCCAUUAUAAAAUAUGUGUAAAUUUUCAAAGCUGGUACAAAAUUUUGCCAUUUAAUUUCUAAUAAUUAAAGUAGAUAAUAUAUUCUACAAUUGCAUUGAUUCUUCAUAAAGAAAAAAAAAAAUGUUUAUCACCAAGUGAUGAGCUAUUUUGAUCGUAAAACUGAACAAUAACUUGUAAUUCGUUUGCAUUGAAUAAUUUUGUUGUAAAGAAAUUAACUUUUCAUUGAAUUAUAAACAUUCUGUUACUUCUUCGUUUCAAAAGCUUAUACAUAUAGGUGAGAAAAAAGUGGAUAUCAUAUUGAAUUGUUGAGUUUCAUAAUUUCUUGAAUAACCAUUGUAUGUAAUUAAAGAAAAAAAAAAAAAGAAAAAACGUGCAAUCGUUAAGCAACCAUGUAUGUUAGAUUUUAAAAAGAGUUUGAAGCGUUAAAUUAACGAGUUUUAUUCUAUAUAUUUACGUUACCGAAUAAAUGAUUAAAAAGUUAUUUAGAUUACGAUUGUAGCAAAAAUACUAUGUGUGACUGUAUUUAAAAGGUAAACAAACAAAAACAAAGCUUUCGAUUUUCAACUGCCAACUGUAAAAGUGUAAAAUGAAAAAAAGUGUAAAUUACCAUUUCAACGUGUAAUCAUCAUUACGAUAGUUAACUAUUUCAAUUCAAAUAAUUGGGUAUUGUAAUUAUUUUGCAGAAUCAAAUAAAUCGAAACUUGAACUGAUA